AUGCCCAACACUGGCAAGCCCAGCCAGGACUGCCACCUCUGUCGCAAGCGACGGGUCAAGUGCGACCUCGCCCGCCCCGGCUGCCAGCGCUGCGUCAAGUACGGCGUCGAGUGCCCCGGCUACCGUGACCAGGCCGAGCUCGUCUUCCGCAAUGCCGACCCCUCCACCGUGAGGAAGCGCAAGAAGCGCGCCGCCGAGCACGACGACGCCCAGUCGAGCCGCUCCGCCUCACCCGGCUCCGUCUCCGCCACGGGCUCCGGCGCCGGCUCCCGCCCCGAGUCCGGGUCUUCGACGCCCUCCUUCUCCGCCUCGGCCGACGACCUCGACACCCCCUUCAUCUUCUCCGCCGAAUGCAAGGACCUCGUCCCGACCUCCAAGUCCGCGCCCUGGCCGUCCUAUCAGGUCGCCGUGCCCAAGUCCAUGGCCGAGCACUGGACUUCGCAUUCGGUGCCCAUCCUGCUCAACGUCUACUCGACCCUCGACUUCCUCAACAACACGUACCAGCAGAACCCCCGCGACGGGCCCCUGGUCUGGGCCGCGCACCUCUUCUCCCGCACCUACGUCACCAACAUUCGCUAUCCGACUGCCAUAUACCGAAGCUCCGAGCUGGAGACGCAGCGCGAGCUCGGCACAUAUCUGGGAAAGACAUUGAGCUCCGUCGCGGCCGCCCUCAAGGACCCCAAAGGCGCCUUUCGCGACGAUGUCCUCGCCACCGUCUGGAUCUUGUCCAACUACGAGCUACUCGUGGGGUCGUUGAGCCGCAUGGAACCGCUGAGCCCGUGGCAUCUGCACGCCCGAGGCCUAUACAGCAUCCUCAAAACCAGGGGCACGGCACCGCUGUACACCAGCGACGGGCGCACCGCGUUCUGGCCGAGCUACAACAUGGUGCAAGUCCAAGCGCUCGUCAGCAACACCGAGUGCCCACCCGAGUCGGACGAGUGGCUGGGUAUCGUCCGAGAUAACCUGUAUGAGGGGGAGGCUUCCACGUUAUGCGUGUCCGUCUUCGUCGUCAAGUGCGCGCACGUCCAGGCGCGCAUCUUCACCAUUCUCAGCACGCGAGACUUUGGCGCCGCCGAGGCCGAGUAUCGGGAGCUCGUGGACGAGAUGGACCUCGCCGAUGCCGAGUUCGUGCAGUCGGCAGCCGGGCUGCACGACACGGCGCACGAGCUGGACGCAUACAUGCGCAACCUGUACCACUCGGCCGUGGUCAAGGGCUACCACUACAUACAGCUCAUGGCCAACUUCUUGACGCACUACGCGCCGAGCACGCUGACGCUGGAGGAGCUGCGGGCGCGGCGGGACGCGUGCCUGGAGAAGACGCAGCUGGCGGCGCAGGAGAUCCUCGACAGCGUGCCGUGGAUCCUGGGCCCGCUGGCGUCGGGCAAGGACAAGUCGCCCAAGGUGUUGUUCGACGCCCUCAAGAUGGUGUGGCCGCUGACGAGCGUCUACGUGGUGUCGACGACGUUGCCGGAGCAGCGGGUGCAGGCCGAGGUGGCGCUCGUCUUCAUCGGCAAGGAGGUGGGCGUGCGGCAGGCGCUCAAGACGUAUCCGGCAGGACUCGCGCUGCCACCGGAGUCGCAGCGGCCGCUGGAGACGGCGGCGUACGACGGGGCGUCGUGGGCGGCAGCGGGUUGA